GGCUACUCCGGAGCCCCCCAGCCGGGCAGGGGGCGCGUCGGGGGGCCAGGCAGGCAGUUGGGCUCCCCCGGCGCGCCCAGCACCAGGCGUGCGGUGGAGUGGGGGGGGUUCCGGGGGUCGGCCGGACCUGGGCCACGCCUCGCGCCUCUCCUGACCUGCAGCCGGGCCGAGAGGUGGGGCGGCCACUCGCGUCCCGGGGAGGGCGCCAGGCCGGGGGCGCUAGGACCGCGGCGGUGGCGGCGGCCCGCCCGGGAUGCGGCAGCGCUGUGUAUAAAGUCGGCCCGGGGGGAGCAGGGCGGGUCGGCCCUCCGCCUCCCGCAGCCCCGCGCGCGCCCGGGACCCUCCGCUGCUGGAGCCGCCGGGCGCGCAGGGCCGUCGAGCCCCCCGGGCGGCCGGAGUGGGGGUCUACGAGGCCGCUGGGUCCGUCGCCCUCGGCGGGACGGGGCGGGGGACGGGCUUGGCACCAGACGGCUCCGAGGCCCGCGGAGGUUUGGCCUGCGGGGGUCCCGCGCCGGGACAAGCAGGGAUUUUGCUCCUCCGCGCAGCUCCCGAAGGCGAAGGGGACCCUGGAGCCGAAGGCACAGAAGAGCCGCCAAGUUUCCCAAACUGGCAAAAGCUGACAUUUUAUUCCUCUGCCCUUCUCCCUCCUCUCCUCCUCCUCCUCCUCCGCUCGGCAUGUGACUUUUAUUAAAUCCCAACUUCUUGCAAAGCCAGCAGACCCCGGAGCCAGCCAGGACGGGUCCCUGCAAGCCGGAGGCACGGAUGGGGCCUUGUUAGAGGAUCUGGGGGGGGGGGGGAUCCCCCCAGCCUUCCUGGUGGUGAGGGGCCUUUGCUUCUUUUUUUCUGUUUUUUUGAACUCUGCUGAGGGUUUUUGGGAGGGUGAGGAAGGGGAAUAAUUUUCUGGACUUUCCCAAGCAAGCUCCCCCCGCCCCCCCCCCCCCAAUUAACUUCUGAAAGGAUCCCUUGGCCUGAGACGACCAGGGGGCUGAACAGGGGCCUCUUCAGCAUCUCAGCGGCCCAGGAAGCGGAUUUGCCUGGCUCUUCUGCGGCAGAGGAGAGCCGAGCCCCCUCCCCUUGGUGCAUGGGGCAGCCGCAGGUGGUCCUCGGGGCCGGUAUCUGGGCAGAAGGGUCCUUUCCUGCCUGCCCCUCAACUCCGCUCCGCCCAAGAGGGAUGCAGAGUGGCAGCCCCCCCACCUCCACCCUCCGCUUGGCCCCCACACCAUGGACCCUGGGAACGACCCCCCCCUCUUGGCCGACGUCCGCCUGUGCGGCUACCUGCGCAAGCAGAAAUCCCGCCGCCGACGCUACUUCGUGCUGCGCUGUGGCGGGGAGCGAGGGCCCCCCCGGCUGGAGUAUUAUGAGAACGAGAAGAAAUUCCGGGCGGGGGGCCUCUGCUCGCGCCCCAAGAAGACCCUCCCCCUGGAGGGCAUGCUGACCAUCAACAAGCGGGCCGACGCCCGGCACCAGCACCUGAUCGUCCUCUGUGGGCGCGAGGGCACCUUUGGCGUGGCCGCCGAGAGCGCCGAGCAGCAGCAGGCCUGGUACCUGGCCAUGGUGGAGCUGCAUGGAAAGGGAACAGCCCCCUCGGAGGGGGACCGGGAGGCAGCCUUCAAGGAGGUCUGGCAGGUCAGCCUGCGCCCGAGGGGCCUGGGCCACUCCCGGAACCUGGCCGGCGUCUACCUGCUGUGCCUGACCGAGAAGACGGUCAGCUUGGUGAGGCUGAACUCGGACGAGGCCGCCGUGGUGCUGCAGCUGCUCAACAUCCGGCGCUGCGGCCACUCGGAGAACUACUUCUUCAUGGAGGUGGGCCGCUCGGCGGCCACGGGGCCCGGGGAGCUCUGGAUGCAGGUGGAGGACCUGGUGGUGGCCCAGAACAUGCACGAGACCAUCCUGGACGCCAUGAAGGCCCUCAGCGAGGACUUCCGGGGGCCCGGCAGGGGACAGGCGCUGCCUUCCACCCCCAUCCUGGUGCCUGCCCGCCGUCAGCCCCACAGCAACCCUCCUCCCGGCCAAGGCGCCUUCCCUUGGAGGAGCCGCCCCGAGGGUGGUGGGACGCCCUCUUUGGGGUGGAGCCCCACGUCCCCGGGGCCAAAGAAGCCAGCGGCCAGGAAGCCGGACUCCUUGAGCGACUACAGUGCCAUGUCGUCCGACGAAGGCGGCUCCAGCCCAGGGGAGCUGCGGCCCCCCAGCACGCCCGACCCCCUGAGCGCCAUGGUGGUGGAGGGGGAGCUAGACUACAUCAGUAUGGGCCAGCGGGCCUCCCUCGGCGGGGCCGGCCUGCCCAAGUGGCCCUCGGAAGGCCUGGCCAGCAAGCGGGCAUCUCUGCCUCCGCUGCUGCUGGGCAAGGGGACCCCUGGCCUCCUGCGUCGCAGGCGGAGCGCCAACCCUGCCGCCGUUUCGGCCAGCUAUCCCGAGGGACUGAACCUCCACGGCGCAGAGCCCGGGUACAUGGCCAUGCUGCCAGGGGUGGCCCUGGGCCCCGAGGAGCAGGACUACGUCCCCAUGACGCCCAGCAGCGUCUCUCCGCCCCGGGAAAGCGGGGGCUACAUGCUGAUGUCCCCCAGCAGGAGCUGCUCCCCGGACAGGAUGGGCCAGUGGGCUCCGGGGGGCAGGGAGAGCAAGUCUCCCGCCGGGGAGUACGUGAACAUGUCUCCGGCUGGGCAGGCAGCCCCAGACGUCCCCUCGGAGCCCUUGCUGCUGCCCCUCCCGAGCCCCCCUCCCGUCUUCUCCCCACCACACUCCUUCAGGCGUGGCCGCAGAGCCCCCUGGCCCCCCGCUGGCCCCCGGCGCCUCUCCUGCUCCUCCUCAACCAGCUCGGAGAGCCUGGAAGAGGCUGCCCGCUACCCCCUCAGCCUGUUUGCUGACCCGCCCGGAGGUGCCAAGGUAGCCGCCUCGUGCUCGGGAGCCAACUACGUCAACCUGUCGCUCCGAGGGACGCCGGCAGACGCCAGCCAGGUGCCAGCCCCCGAUAGCUCCGCCAAGCUGCUGCCACUGCCACCGUUUGCGGGUUGCCCGUGCGCAGCCGAGGGGGACGCCUCCCCACUGGGCCCGGACCCGAGGGAGAGCGGGCUGAACUACAUCGACCUGGACCUGACCCUCCCUCUGCGCCCGUCUACCGGCCCCUGCCAGGCGGGGACGCCCCACAGCUACGCCAGCAUUAACUUCCAGCGCCUGGGGGAGCUGCCAGCGCCGGAGCCAAGCCCCAAGGGGCCUCCAGAACUCUGACCUUCUGCCGGGAGCUGCAAGGCAGUUCAACAUGGGACGGCCUCCCCCUCCUCUCCCUCUGCGGCUGGACACCAUCGUUGCUCCCCCUCCCAGCCCUGCGCCCAUGGCAGGUUGGGGGCGGGGGAGGCCUGAAGCCCCCCCCCCCCCCAGAGGACUCCUGCCAUGCUGUUCCUGUGCCUCCUGUACACCAAAGAUGGACUGGGGGAGGGGGGCGUGCCUGGCCCUGGGUUUCGGGGUGCGCAAAGAGGGGGGGGGACGGCCCUAAAGCCCUUCUGGCUGGGAAUGAGGGAAAGGAUUUGUGGCUUUGUGCCUUGGGACCCCCCCUCCCCCACCCUCGUAACCUCCUGUCCCCCUCCCCAAAUGCCAGCUGCAUUCCUCCUGACUAGCCUUCACAUGCAAGGCUGGUUGCCUCCUCCCCUCCCUUUUGCUGCUGCUGCAUUUUGCACAGGCCUGGCCCCACCGGCCUCUUUGGGGUGGGGGUGCAGCCUCCUCCCCCCCCCCUCGCCCAGACCCCCGUUGUCUGGGCUGGCCAAAGAAACCCUGCUCCUUUCUGUGCCUGCUUUCUGGGCUUCGAAAUAAAGACCUUUUUAAGUAUGGAAGGAAAA